AGGGUUUUGGCCAAUAUUUAUACUGUUAUACAUUAAUUUAAAGAGAGAUUUAAGGGGAAAAAAAAAGAGCACCCAAUUAAACGAAAGAAAUUAAAAAGAAAUGAGAAUGGAGGAGUUUUUCCACAUGACUAAAGGUGAUGGGGAGCUCAGUUAUGCUCAAAAUUCUUCUGUUCAGAGGGAAGCGUUGUCAAUGAACCAAGAUAUAUUAGAGAGCACAAUUCAAUCUCUAAUUUCAGAGCAAAAUGGGUUAUCUAAAGGUCUUAAUGUAGCGGAUUUAGGAUGUGGUGUAGGCCCAGCUCCAUUGACUCUAGUAUCAUUGGUCGUGGAAGUUGUGCAAAGGAAGUGCAAGGAUUUGAAGCUCAAUAAUAAUGAAACCUUUCAUCAAGCGCCUAAGCUUCAAAUGUACAUGAAUGACCUUCCUUCAAAUGAUUUCAACUUAUUGUUCAAAGAUUUGCUCAAUUUGGAGGUAUUAAAACGAAAAGAUGAUGGCGUGCCCUUGUGCAUCUUGAUGGGUGUGCCCGGUUCCUAUUAUGACGUACUUUUUCCUUACAAUUCUUUGCAUUUUGUUCAUGCAAAUUACACUCUCCACUGGUUAUCUAAGCCACCACCAGGACUUUAUGAUGAGCAGGGCAUGUCAAUAAACAAAAGGAAAAUUUAUAUAUCCGAAACAAGUUCUAGACCAGUUGCUAUAGCUUAUAUGGAUCAAUUUGAACAAGACUUCAUUCGUUUCCUCAAAUGCCGCUCGAAAGAAGUGGUAACCAACGGGUCUAUGCUCUUGACCCUUCGAGGUCGACCAUGUUCUUCAGAUUCAUUCACUUGGACAACAUUUGAGUUCAAAAUCUUUAUUAAGGCUCUUACUUGCCUUGUUUCCGAGGGAUUGAUUAAUGAAGAAAAGCUCGAUAGUUUCGAUUUCCCUUGCUAUUUUGCAAACACAGAAGAUCUUGAAAGCAUAGUGAAAAAGGAAGGGUCAUUUGAAGUUGAAAUUUCAAGGACAAUAGUACUUGAUGUAGCACCUGAAAUUGAAGACAAAUGGGAAAGAGCUCAAAUCAUCUCGAACUUCAUUAGAGCAUUUUCUGAAUCAUUAGUUUCACGUCAUUUUGGAGAAGAUAUAGUCACCCCUUUAUAUGAUAAACUCAUAUAUUAUGCAUUCCAAUAUUUGGAUAAUGAUGAGCCUGCUCAGAACCACGCUGUUACAGUUUUGCUUAGAAAAAUUAAGCGUUGUAAAUAGUAGGAUAGCAUUGCUUAUUACCACAACACCACUUCUUUGUUGUAUUUCUUGUAACCUUGCUUCUUGUUAAUUACUAUGUUAUUCUCUCUUUGUUAAUAAGCUCAGAACUUCUACUCUGUUUAAUUAAGUGUUACAGUUUGAUCGGUAAACCAUUUUUGACUUUAAUAUUACACUUCGUAAAAAGUAAGUGACUGUAGGAGAUUCAAAAAUGUAAUCGUACAAAAAUAUAUAUAUACCGAAGUUAAUAGUUUAUUAUUG